AUGUUUUACACGUUAAAAUUGAAAGAUUUGAAGAAUGGUGCAACGUUGAAGAUUCAUUUGAAAAAACAUCAGUUAUCUUGUGAUUUCAUCUUCGAUUCCACGGUCGAGAUUCCAAAAGAUCUAGCUGUUCAUGACACACCUGUGUCUGUUGCAACGAAAUUACCAUUUGUACAAGAUGUACUCAAAUCGCCAGCUCCCAUUGACAAUCAUUUUCCGGCCAAUACAAGCAACUCAUCAGCUGAUGUCUUGCCUCUCAAUGUAGAUGUGCGCUCAACAGAUAAUAGCGUUUUCGAAUUGGACUUCGCUGUGCCUACUGAGCAUGAACGUUUGAUUUUCGAGAACAUAGAUGUGUCCUGUCGCUUUCACGAUUUUCAACUCCAAGUCAAGAGAAGACUCAACGAAAACAAGCAUUUGACGUUGGAAGAAAACGUUCAACAUCUUUUGGCCCUUUCAUCCAUUCUUCUCUUGAAACCAGGCUGA